CACAAAUUCAGCCUUUGUGCUGUAUCAUCUCCUAUCUUCUUCUAUUCUUCUCUCACAUUUUCCUUCCCUUUUAUUUUCUUUUCAAAUUCUUUAGUUUUUUUUCACAUAAUUUUUCUAAAAAAGAGAUCUAGAAUCUUGAUUUUCCAGAUUUGAUUGGGAACUCUAUUACAUCAAUGGUGCUCGCUCGCAACACCACUAUGGUGAUUACGCUGGUGGUAACAACUACUACUCCGGUGUGGGACACAAUUUGGAUCUCUUCAUUCUUCUAUUUCUUCCCAAUUUGUUUACUAUGUAAUUUUAUUUGUGAUGCUUUGAAUUAAUCUUGUUGAUUCUUAGUCUUGUUUGAUGUUUGAGUGGAUCUGUUUCCAUUUCUCAAUUUCAGUUUUGAUUUCUAUUUCAGCAGUGAGAUUGUUUUGAUAUUUGGGUGUUUUUGGGUGAAACAAAUAUUUGGGUUUACUUUGAAUAUUUUGUGUAUUAACAGAGGGAGAGAAAUAACUUUUGCCGUCUUUUGGUAGCUAUUCAUAUUCAAGCAUUGUUGGGCUGCUUUGUUAGAAUGAGUAUUUUGCUUCCAAGUCUUUACAUUUUGUUGUGAUGAUGAUUUGGAAUUUGAACAUGUCGAACAUUUGUCUAUGAUGAUUUCUCUUGGUAUUUAAUUGACUCUGAUUGUUCUUGGUAUGCAAAUUUUGUUAAAUCCUUGCAAUUUGUUUGGAAAGUGACUGGGUUUUAGCUGUUGGGAAGUGCUUUCUUCAUGAAUUUUAGCUCACUGGUGGGUUUUCAUUGAAUCUUGGACACUUUGAAGAAUGAAAUUUUUUU